GUUCGAAUCUUCUACGUACAAUAAAAAAAAUAGAAAAUAUAUUUUCCACCUUCCUUCUUCUUUCGAAUCUCAUUUUCCUCUCUCUCCUCUCUUCUGGAUCUACGGCGACGCCAUGGCCACAUCCAACGGCACCGACGACGGAACUCCUCCCUCCGAAUCGGCGUUGAUCUUUCUCGGAACCGGCUGUUCAAGCAUGGUUCCCAAUGUACUGUGUCUCAUCAAUCCCUCUGAUCCUCCUUGUUCCGUUUGCGCUCAGUCAUUGUCAAUCCCGCCGGAGAAAAACCCUAAUUACAGGUGUAAUACUUCGAUGUUGAUUGAUUAUUGUGGAAGCGGUAGUAAUCAUAAUUAUAUAUUGAUUGAUGUUGGCAAGACGUUUAGGGAGACUGUGCUUCGAUGGUUUGUUCAUCAUCGGAUUCCAAAAAUCGAUUCUAUUAUUUUGACUCAUGAACAUGCUGAUGCAGUCCUUGGAUUGGAUGACGUACGUGCUGUGCAGCCUUUUAGUCCAACAAAUGAUAUUGAUCCCACCCCCAUCUACCUGAGCCAGCAUUCAAUGGAUAGCAUAGAAGAGAAGUUUCCAUAUUUGGUUCAGAAACAACGCAAGGAAGGACAAGAAAUACGAAGGGUUGCUCAGAUGGCCUGGAACAUUAUCACUGAUGACUGCAAUCAGCCAUUUUUUGCAUCAGGAUUGAAAUUCACUCCUUUACCAGUAAUGCAUGGAGAGGAUUACAUCUGUUUGGGAUUUCUUUUUGGUGAGAAAAGUAGGGUGGCUUAUAUAUCUGAUGUUUCACGGAUUCCCGCGAGUACAGAAUAUGUCAUUUCGAAAAGUGGAGCUGGACAGUUGGAUCUUUUAAUAUUGGAUUCAUUAUACAGGACUGGAUCGCAUAAUGUUCAUCUUUGUUUUCCACAGACUCUUGAAAUUGUGAAGAGGUUGUGUCCAAAGCAAACCCUUUUGAUUGGAAUGACUCAUGAGUUUGAUCACCACAAGGACAAUGAGUUUUUGAAAGAGUGGUCCAGAAGGGAAGGAAUUCCGGUGCAGCUUUCUCAUGAUGGUUUGCGAGUCCCCAUAAACUUAUAGUAAGGUGAGGGUAAAGCAUGUGACAAUCUAUAUACCAUAUACAGUUGAUCUUAUUUAGAUUCAUUGGAGCCAUAAUGUUUUCAAGGAUCCACAGUUUCUAAAGCAAACCUCGGAACCAACAGUUUUGCUAGAAGGCGGCAUUUGUAAACGUGACACUGAUAACUUGUUAUAUUAUAGUGAGGAAAUCUUGAUUUUUAUGGUUAAACUCUUGAAAGCUGUAGUAGAACAAAUUUUUUGUAAAAUUGGAGAACAAGUUGAGCAUGAGUUUUAAGAUCUCAAAAAAAUCCAGUGUAUCCUAAGAAUCUUUUGCAGAGUCACUUUGUGCCCCCACCAAUAUCCUAAUUAGAGAUGUAAUCUUUUUCUUUUCUUUUUUCUAAUAAGAAAUGUAAUCUUCAAGCGUGUAGUGAUUGUUAUAAACAAUAAAUGGUCGACUGAACAUUUGAUUGUUAUUAUUUUUAGCCCCACUCUAUGUUGCUGCUGCUAAA